AUGAAGUACAUUCUCGCUAUCUCCGCCUUGGCCAUGACUGCCAUCGCUAUGCCCACUGUCGACGGCCACAAGAAAUCCGAUGACAGUGAUGAUAGCAGACCUAUCUGUGAGAGCCACCAGACCGUUGUCUGCAGUGACAACGGAAACGGUGGUUUGCUUUCUCUGGGCAACCUGCUUUCCGGCCUUCUGGGCGAGAGCUGCUCCGGUGGUGACGUCUACUGCUGCUCCAGCGACGACGUUGCUCAGUCUGGUCUGAUCAGCCUCAACCUUGACCUCUCGUGCAGCUUGAACCACCUGCUUUAA